AUGCCAAUUAAAAGAACUAGAACUACUUCUACUUCGGCUGAAUCUAAUUCUGCGAGUAAAUCAGCUAGAGCUUCUCAAACUCUAAAUACAUACGGAAAACGUGAACAAGAACACGUAGCUGCAGAUACUGAAGAAGAUUUGAUGCAAAUCGAUAAAUCAAGGUCAGCUAAUGUUGAAAGUCCACAAGGCUCACCCAGACUAGGAAUUCAAGAUUCACAGGAUUCACAAAUGGACCUUAUAGAAGGUCUUAAUAGAGUAUCUAUCAUGCCACCUCGAACACCUAGAUAUCACGAUGAAGAUGAUGAAGAAAAAACUAAACAAAAAAUAGGACAAAAAGUUACUACACCAACUAAAAUUAAUAACUUUGUUCCGUGUAAAUUCAUCGCAACAGGAGAUCACCAUUCAAUUGCAACUAACAUGGAUGAUAAAUUGUAUUCAUGGGGGUUUGGAGAGCCAUUUGGAAGUGGUGACGAAGAAAAAAAGGAACCAUAUUUACUAUCCG